GUGCGCGUCGAGGGCGACAUGGUGCGCAUCUACCCGCGCACGGAGGGGGCGGAGCCCGUGGACGUGGGCGGCGUGGCCGCGCCGCUGCCGCCUCCGGCGGCGUGCUGCGAGUGGUCGGUGACCGAGGGCCUGUCCCUGCUGGCGGUGUCGCCCCGGGCGCCCUUGGGCUGCGGGCCGCGCCCAG